UCGCUGUGUCACUCCUCUCUUCCACUUUAUCUCUCCUUUGCCCUCUCUGUCUCUCCCUCUCUUUUCUCCUCUCUCUCUCUCUCUCUCUCUCUCUCACUCUCUCUCUUUCCAUCGCUCCGAGGACAGGAAUGCCCGCAGACGUGUUUCUUUCUCUCUCCCUCCCUCCCUUUCUCCCUCUCUUUCGCCCUGUCUAACUCUCUCCAUCUCUCCUCUCUCCCUGCAUCUCUUCUCUCUUUGCACACGUAUAGUCCAUUGGCAACAAAGCAAGGGGAGAGACGGACAGGCAUAGGCGGAACAGGAAUAGAGCACUAAGAGAGAGCAAGAAGAACUGGGUUGUGCUUGUCUUGCAUUUAUUCAAAUCAUUGCCAUCAGUUGGUCUGUUGGUCUCCACUUGGGGUGGGGAGAACAGGGGUCAGGGGUCAAAGGUAACAGGUCAAGGAAAGGUGCUGAUUUUUUUUUCUUUCAGGCUGGGGUUAAAUAUAAUGUAUGAAAAAUUAACCAUGUUAAAUCUACAAAGUGGGUCAACCUGGACUGGACCAAACAACUGGUACCACGAAUCGAAUGCGAUGCCUUCCCAGCAUAAUACAGCCGUGCCGGAAGGUUGUGACGUGGAAGUGGAUGGAGGAAUGGGGGUAGGUGGAGGAGUGCGGGCAGAAAGGGACGACGGAGAAGAGUCUCAACUUCGACUGCAGCUCAAGAGGAAGUUACAGAGAAAUAGGACCAGUUUUACUCAGGAACAGAUAGAAGCUCUGGAGAAAGAAUUCGAGCGGACGCAUUACCCUGACGUUUUUGCACGUGAAAGAUUGGCGGCCAAGAUCGAUCUCCCAGAAGCACGGAUCCAGGUGUGGUUCUCCAACCGACGGGCUAAGUGGAGACGGGAGGAGAAGCUACGCAACCAGAGGCGGGCGGGUAGCGGCUCGUCCUGCUCCCGACCCCACGGCACGCUUGGCGCCUCGUUCGGCUCAGCAGUCUACCACCACCAGCACAGUGCUAGCUCAGGCUCCAUGGUGAACCGUAACGACUCGUCCCUCUCAAACUACAGCGCGCUCUCAGUCUUCUCCGGGGUCCAGUCUGUGCCCCCUCAAUCCGCCCCCUCUUACUCCUGUAUGCUUCCUUCAUCCCCCUCUGCCCCUCGGAACUUUGACUCACCCCCUUAUUCCUCUCCUCACCUGCCUCCGCCUCCCUCAGCUAACUCCAGCACAGGUGAGCGCGCCUGUUUAUUUGAUGCUUUGAUCGUGUGUUUCAGUCGCGCUGUUGGACCUGCUCUGUUCAAUGACUGUGCAGCUAAGCAGCUCACUUACACAUCGUCCGUGUUUCAUUCCCCAUAGGUCUAAUUUCUCCGGGAGUCUCAGUACCGGUCCAGGUUCCUGGGAAUGAACAGAACUUGGGUCAGAAUAUGGGUCAGUACUGGACCAGGCUGCAAUAGAAUAGAGGGACAGUGGUAUAGAGGGAGGGAGACGCAGGAGGUGAUACACAGUGAGAGUAAAGAGAAGCACAGACAUGCUCACUCUGUGGAGGAAUUCAGCUGCGAGGGAGACAAAACACACACUGGGAGAAAGAGCAAAACUUAAGUUACGGCAGGGGAACCUCAUAGCUGUGUUCAGGGAACGAUGGUCCCACACCAACAUAAACCAGUAGCCUGCUCUGGUUAAUUGGUGUUCAUACAACAAUCACAGCUCUGCAUAAAACUAGUCCUCUUCAUGAAAAAACUUAUAGAAAAUGGUUAUCAGAUAAUCCACCACCAGUCCUUUAUGAGGUAGACAGAUCAAGUUUUGCCUUUACUAUUUAACCUACAGAAACUAAAGUAACUCUUUUAAAAAAGUUACUCCUCAGUAAAUUUGUGGCCAUAUAUGAGCAAUAUAUCUCAUUCCAAAUGUAAAAAAUCAAUUGAACAAGCCCAUCUUUAAUGCAAUGUCCACGUUAUUUAAUGCAUACUCCAUGUAUUUAACACACAUGGAGUACUUCCAUGAACUCUGCUCGCCUCAUGGUUACUAACUAGUUGUUGAAUACAAACUGAACUUUUAAUAAAUCAUUUCUGGGUUUGAAUAUAUAGAAUUGCUUCAUGCAUGCAUUGAUGUACAAAUACUGGGAUAGAAGCACAGUUACACAUGCCAGUUGGCCAGCCUAAUGGUUUCGAAUCAAACUGAUUUGAAUGUUUCAGCAAAAUCAAGCAUUCCUAUAAAAUGACUGCAAAACUGGAAUUAAUUUGAUGAUAUUCCUUCUACUGAUUCAGUGCAUUUAUAUGGCCGUGUCGUGCAGCUGAUCCAAUGUAUUCUGAAAAAUACUUUUCUUCUUAAUGACAAGCGAGAAAAAAUCCCUUUUUGUCUAUGCAAAAAAAAGUCAAACUCCUCCUUUUUAAAGCCGACUUUCUAUUGAUCACUGCAUGAAAAUGCUGUAGUUUUGCUUGGGUUUCUAUCACUAUGUCACUAGAAGCUAUAAACCCUGAUCUUGGCUUUUAAUCUUAUCACUCAUGGUUAUUGGUUCAUUGUAUAUGGAUUUAAUACAUGGUCAAAAGGCCUACCUUCCUGCUGCUUUAAAUAUAAAUUUUAAAUUUCUCACAUUGUGUCAUUGUUAAAAAAUUUAAUAAAUUAAAUUCUAAAGCUCUAUUCUUAUGGAAUUAAAAUGGAAGAUUAGGGGUGGUAUCAAUGCUUUAUUUGGAUCUAUAUGAAAGGACUAGCUAAAGUUUUUUCUUUAAGGCAUUUGUCGCUCUAUUUGUCUUGGGUUGGCACGUUCAUUGAUACAGAUACUGAAUAUCUUUGGGAUGCGAAUGGUAACAGGCUUAGUAAGUACACUAUAGCAAAUUAUUAUAAAAGAUAAAAAAGAAAAAUUAAAUUGUAAAAUAUGGCAAGACUUACAAAAGCCACCUCCUCUACAUCUGGGAUCUGUCAACAUCGGAGUCAACUGAGGCUUGAUGUUGGAAGAGUUGGGAACCAAAUGGUAUGGAGUGAAGUACUCCUCACUCCGCACAGUUUAAAUUUUGUGAAAGGAGAAAAACAAGGUUGUCAUGAGCACGACCUGUAAAGGGAGCAUUGGCAGUGCUCGGGACGUGCUUCAGAAUCGGUGUGUUUCUGCACCGGCUUAAUGUUACGGCUGAGUGACAGAGUGGCAUUCAUGAUGGGCACGUGAUUAGGGGGCUCCCCUCAGACCUCCUUCUUCUGACACUCCUUCUUUUGCAGGGGGCUCAAACGAGCAUUUUUGCAUGACAGUAACUACAGAUGAACAUCAGUACAUUGACUUGGCUCACAGUCAUCUCUGUUCUCCUUUGAGAAGUUUCUUGUUGAUAUGUGCAAACAGGCGGAUGAUGGAUGAUCUUUCUAUAUUGUUUCUAUAUUGUUCAUGGUAACUCAGUACAUUUCUUUGUGUAUAAUUGAGAUCCCAAGGUCAUAUUAGCAAAUAAUAGUUCUACUGACUGACAUUUUCAAAGAAAAUAAUUUUUUGCUGUUGACUGCUUCACUUUAUUUUAUUAAUAUAUUAAAACGAAAUACCACUGUUGACCCUAAAAUAGUAAAUUCUGAAAUAGAUGCAAAACAUUUUAAAAAAUUCAUAAAGAAGAAAAUAUGUUCAAAUUCUUGCUAAAACUGUUGAUGCUAAGUAGCCAGAUGCAAGAGAAGGUAGACCUAACUAAAAUACAAUCAGCCAAUGACAAUGAGCCAGAAUAAAAAAAGCCAAUGACAACCAAAUACUGACACCAGCCAGUAAAAAAGAGACUCUCAGGUUUGCAAGUACUCAAAAAUAAAUAGAGUUCCGUUCAGCCAAAAAUAUUUUAUAACAGAAAAAUGACAAUCAUUAGUAUUGGCUGAAAUGCUUGAGGGAGUAAAGUGCCGAUGAUGACAAUCAAACAUGGAUCUUUAACAGCGAAUGACAAUCAAAAACUGAAUAAUUCGAAUCAAGGAUGUUUCUUUAUUAAAAAAGUGACAAAGUUCAGUCAUCCAGAGGUGAACUUUGCACUGGAUAAAUAUGUUUUGCUGCAGUUGCUUCUAAUUUUUAUAAAGAAUGUUUCCAGUCAUAUCAUAUAUUAUAUGAUUACAUAAAAAAAGAAUUUUCUCUCAGAGAAAAACCUAAACUUUGCCACAAAUAAUACCUUAUAUUUCAAACUAUUCCUUAGCGGUUUCAGUAUAGUUCUUGCCAGUUAGCUUUACAAUGGUGUAAAAAAUGGAAUAGACAUGAAAUAUGAAAACAAAGAGUUUUUGUUCAUUUCCUCUGACUGGAAUCAUUAAUAUUAUGAAUAUUAUGUUGGACCGUCUCUGGCCUUUCUCAGCAUCUCUGUUCUGUUUGGCAUUUUCUCCAUGCAUUUUAGGCAGAUUCCCUGAAUUUUUGGAUACAGAAGGUCCAAACAACAUUCUUUGUUUAAAUGAGAACGACCUUGUUUGAUGGCUUUCUGGGAGCAAUAUGUUGUCUCACAAUUGUCUAUCAUUUUUCAACUGAGUUCAUACCUGGUCCAUUCCCAGGCCAGGGUAACAAGCGGAUAUUCUUAGCUCCCAGGAAUUGUUUCGCAGUCAGUGUGGCACGGUGCUUCAUCUUGCUGGAAGAUGUCACUGCUUGGAAGUGGCUUUGAAAAUACUAUGAUAGUAUUUCUGGCAGCAUCUUCUCCAGAGCAUUGAUGUAUAAGCCAUGUAUAUAGCUUUCAUGUGGAUUUUUUUGGGGGGUAGGGGUGGGGGCUUUUGGGUCAAUUCUGCAAUCCAAUAUGUGUGUAAUAUAUAUAUAUGUAAAAAAUCUCUCAAUGUGUCCUCCCUACCCAUCACUGAAUCUACACCUGUGUGGUAUUUCGUUUGGUUCGUCUGGCCAAUAUUUAUGUUUAUGCAAUAAGAAUCAGUAACGUCGUCACUGAAAGGAAUUGCAAAACUACUAUUAUUAGCAAUAAGCUCAUGUCAUUGCUGUGUGAUUCUGAUAUUUCUUACACCACUGUACUUUUUCCCUGUUGACUGAAAUUUAAUUAUUUUAUUCUUAUUUAUUACUGCUGCUUCAUGUUAAGUGUGUCAGACUGUGACAUGAUCUAAGUUAAUCUUUGUUUUAUGUGUUUUUAUUGUUAACCUUUUUGCAAAAGUUAUGAAAUAAAAGUCUAAC